AUGAAUUCCGAAAUAUUGCCAAGGAAUUUUCAAGAACGAUUAAAUCGAAUGAAUGUCUGGAAAGAUCAACAGAGACGAGCUGAUGAAGAAUUUAUUCGAAAACAAAAAAUCCAAAUGUUUAUUAAUAAUUGCGAUGAAAUUCGACCAGCUUUGAGGAAUAUUGUAGUGAGAGAUUCAAAAUUAUGUCAACUUGAGCAAAUAAAAGAUCAUCAAAAACAUCAACAGCUCCAGAAAGAUUAUGAAGCAGCUUGGAAUGAAGUCGAAUCACGAAAUUUACUUCAAAGGUUCAAUCAUGAAACGAACCUAAUGCAAAAUCGUUGGAGUCACGAAAAAGAAAUCCAAAAUUUUCUUAAACAUCAAAUGGAUGAUAAAAUUCAAGAAAAUCUUAAAGUUCAGGAAGAAAUUAAUGAAGAGAGAAAACAGCUGGAAGAGAUAGCAAAACAAGAAUAUAUAGAAACCCAGGAAAGAUUGAGAAGAGAUCAGAUCAUAAAGAAAACCAUCGGUGAAUCAAUCGCUCAUCAAAUGUGCGAUAAUUUCAAUUACAAGAAGAAGCAACAUGAACGUGAACUGAAAAAUGAUCAAAUGAUAAAUGAAAGAAUUAAACGCGAAAUUCGAAUGAAGGAAGAAGCUGAACGAAUUGAAAGAGAACAUUUUCGAUUGAAUGUUUUCACUUAUUUGGAUCAUUUGAUGAAAACACGACGUCACAAUGAAAAUUUUGAGCGGGAGAAGGAAAAACUUCUCGACGAUAUUCAUAAGAAAACUUUAGAAAAGGAAUGGAAUGAACGAAACCAAUUCAAUCAAAGACGAUUAAUUGCCAAUAAAACUGCCCGUCUUGGACAAUUAGAACAAAUCAGAAAAAAAGAAUUAUCGGAGAACCAAGAAAUUGAAAAAGAAAAGAAAGAAAAUUUUGUGUUUAAUGAGCUUGAGAUGAUUGAAAGAGAUAAAAUCAGAGAAAAUCUUAGAAAACAAAAGUUUAAAGCAUUUCAUUAUGGACGUGAACUAUUGGAACAACAACAAGAAGAGAAAUUGAGAGAUCUUGCAUACAAGCAAAAAUUAAAUGAAGAAUUGUUACUGGCAGAAAAAGAAAGACAACGUCAUGAAGCAAUGGGACAUGAAUUUGUUAAAAGCUUCCAAGAUGUUCUCCCACUUCAUCCAAAUUUGCUGAUAAUUCAGUCAGGAAAACAUAACUGA